AAUACUCAUAUUGAAAUUGUCUUGAUCUAAAUAGAUUUAUCCAUUUCCAUCAUGAGUUCCUCUUCGGCGGCCACUACUCCAACAAAGCAAGUGAAAACCGACAGUUGGAUGGACGAUGUUUUGCGUACGAAUACAGGUUCUAAUAAGAGUGGUAAAAAUUACUCCAACCUGUUGGAAAUGGAAAGAUUCGGCAAUACGAAUUUCUCGAUGGAGGAGUCCAAUACCGUUGAGUACAACCCAGACGACAUUCCAAUGCUACCAGAUGCAGAUGAGCUUCAAGAAAGCCUUCUUUACAAUGAGUCCCCUAAUUUACCAUCAGUUACAACGUAUAAACAGCUUGGUUCCGAUAUAUUUCCACACGGCAAGUCCCCAUUGGGAAAUUUGGAUGAGAUCGACAUAUCGAUUCUUACGGAGUGCCUGGAAAAUGAAGAGGAUAUUGAAGAACCUGACGAACCAUGGAUAUGGGAUCAGCUUUUCGCUCAGCUUUCGGUGAAAAUAAGCACCGAGGCAAAAGCAACACCAGUAGAGUAUAAGAACUAAAUGCAUUUAUUUUAGACCCAAGGGCGUUUCGCAUUUGAUUUAAUUAUUAAUAUUACUGCUAUCG